AUGGUGGACAACGACCGCCGCCCCGUGAACUUUGCCGAAUUAUGGCCUACCAUCGCCAACUGGUUCGGGCUCAGGGGAGUAGGACCCUCAGAAACUGGUGACGCUUUGAAGCCGGGAGAAUAUGUAAGCAAGUUCCGUCAUCUGUUCACCGAGAACGGACCACCAAAAGGCGUGACGCGUGGUGUAGUUGCUGGAAGUACCCAGUUGGAUUCCCUGGGAUGGUGGCUAUCUUUCGAUCGUCAUUUGAGCUCAGAGAGAUUGCGUAGGGUAGGGUUCACUGAGAAAAGAGACCCCGUUGAGGGCUGGCUGGAUGCUUUUGAGAGAUUCAGCAAAGCUGGAAUUAUCCUUUAA